AUGUUGCAAACAAUUAUAGCCCGGUUCUCUACACUCAAUAUCCCAGCGCUGCUCACUUCAGCCGUGGGCGCAGCACUUGUGAUAUUUCUCCUCCAGCGCCUCACAAACCCCCUCCGGCAUCUCCCCGGACCCGAGAUCUCGAGAUGGACAAACUUGCUGUACGACUACUACUGGUUGACCGGUCAGAUUCCAUACUACGUGCACAGUCUGCAUGAGAAAUAUGGCCCCAUCGUCCGUACCAGCCCAGGCCGAGUCGACAUCUGCGAUGCAGCCGCUGUGAAGGAAAUCCACAAGAUUCACACCAAAUUCCUCAAGCCAAAGUUCUACCGCGACCUGGUCCCGGGAAACAUUCAUACCAUGUUCACGACGACCGACCCCGGCUUCCACGCGUCCCGACGCCGACUUCUGGCGUCUCCCAUCUCCGACUCCUCUCUUAGCCAUCUUGAGCCCCAGAUCACUAGUCGGGUGCUGUAUGCUAUCGAGCGUAUCACGGAGGAGAUGGAAAGUCGUGGAGCGGCGGACGUUUUCAAGUGGUGGCUGUUCAUGGCGACGGAUAUCAUCGGCGAGCUGAGCUUCGGCGAGUCCUUCCGCAUGCUCGAGGCCGGGACUCCAACCCAAUACUCUAAAGACCUAGAAAAAAUCUCCAGCAUGCAACCAAUCCGCACCACGUUCCCAGGCCUCGUCAAACUAGGUGCCUACAUUCCAAUUCCACCCUUCAGCACCUCUGCCGCAGCCGGAAAGCGAAUCGGCAUGUACGCAUACCAGUCCAUCCAGCGCUACAAGAACCAUCUCGCAGCAAACCCAGCAAACCCAACAUCAACCCUCUUCACCAAGAUCUUCGACGUCGAGAAGAGCGGGCUCAGUGAUGCGGAUAUUCGAAGCGAAGCACAAGGAUACAUAGUCGCUGGAAGUGAUACGACCGCCGUGACUCUCACAUACCUGGUCUACUCUGUCUGUCGCGACCCGCGGAUCCGAACAAGACUCGUCCAGGAGUUGUCUGCUCUCCCUGAGCCUGUCUCGGAUCGGGAUCUACGAAAUGCGCCAUAUUUGAAUAAUGUCAUUACGGAGACAUUGCGUUUGUAUAGUGCUGUGCCUUUUGGCAUGCCGCGUGCCGUUCCGGCUGAGGGGGCGCAGUUUAAUGGGUAUUUCCUUCCUGGUGGGUCGACUGUUUCGACGCAGUCUUAUAGUCUUCAUCGGGACCCUGGAAUUUUCCCUGAGCCGGAGAGUUUCAAACCCGAACGAUGGGAGAAUACCACCAAAGAGAUGAAAGAUGUCUCCUUGCCAUUUGGAGGAGGAUCACGAAUUUGCAUUGGAAUGCACCUUGCUCGCGUCGAACUUCGACUGGCGACCGCUCUUUUUUUUCCGGAAAUUCCCCGAGGCGCAUAUCUCCACCAAGGAAGGGAUGAAUGA